AUGGAUCCUACAUCAGAAGUACGCCGUGGAACAUUCAAGGCUCGUAGUCACUUUAAGCCUGAAGAAGUCAGACGCAGAAGAGAAACUGCCCAGAUUGAGAUUAGAAAACAAAAGAAGGAAGAGAAUCUGGCAAAGCGCAGAGUUUUCAAUGCAGAGACUGUCGAUGAAGAUUCCGAAGACGAACUUGUCGACAUUCUACCUGCCAUGGUCGAAGGUGUAUUCUCAAACGAUAUUGAAGCCGCACUUGCUGCCACUGGUCAGUUCAGAAAGCUUCUUUCUAGAGAAAAGAACCCUCCUAUCGAACAGGUUAUUGCUUGUGGUGUUGUUCCCCGUUUUGUCGAGUUUUUGGCUUCAGAUAGCCCUAACCUUCAGUUUGAGGCAGCAUGGGCAUUGACCAACAUCGCUUCUGGAUCUUCACACCAAACACAGAUUGUGAUUGAGGCUGGCGCAGUUCCUUAUUUUGUUCAACUGUUGAGCAGUGCUCAGAGCGACGUAAAGGAACAGGCUGUCUGGGCUUUGGGUAACAUUGCUGGUGACAGUCCCAACUGCCGUGAUUUUGUUCUCCAGGCAAACGCACUCCCUCCCCUGCUCAACAUCUUCCAGUCUGAAGAAAAGAUGUCCAUGAUCCGUAACGCUACCUGGACACUAUCCAACUUUUGCCGUGGAAAGAACCCUCAACCUGACUGGAAUUUGAUUGAGCCUGCAUUGGGAGCUCUUUCCAAGCUGAUUUACUCCAACGACGACGAGGUUUUGGUAGACACCUGCUGGGCAAUUUCUUACCUUUCGGACGGAAUCAACGAGCGUAUCCAGGCCGUGGUUGAGUCUGGGGUGUGUGGACAGCUCAUCGAGCUUUUGAACCACCCGUCGACCAAUGUCCAGACACCAGCUCUGCGUUCGGUCGGUAACAUUGUGACCGGCGACGACCUGCAGACCCAGGAGAUCAUCAACCAGGGAGCCAUUCCUGCUCUGCUGCAGCUUCUGUCGAGCCCCAAGGAGGGUAUCCGCAAAGAAGCCUGCUGGACGAUCUCAAACAUCACGGCCGGAAACACCAACCAGAUCCAGGCCAUCAUUGAUGCCGGCAUCAUGCAACCCCUCAUCCAGAUCCUGGCCUACGGUGAUUUUAAGACCAAGAAGGAGGCCUGCUGGGCGAUCUGCAACGCCACCUCGGGUGGACUCAACCGUCCUGAACAGAUCAAGUACCUUGUCCAGAACGGCUGCAUCAAGCCUCUGUGCGAUAUCCUGACCGCCAUGGACAACAAGAUCUCGAUGGUUGCGCUCGACGGUCUGGAGAACAUCCUGAAGGCCGGCGAGAUGGAGAAGACCCACACCGCCGAUGGCCUGAACCCCUACGCGCUUCUGAUCGAGGAGUGCAAUGGUAUUGACUACAUCCACGCCCUCCAGUCCCACAAGAACGCAGAAAUCUACAAGAAGGCAUAUCAUGUGAUCGACAAGUACUUUAGCUUAGACGAGGAUGAAGACCAGGGUGAGAUGGCAGCCGAGAUGGAGAAUGGCCAGUUCUCGUACCAGCAGAUGGGAGCACCCCAGGGAGGUUUUAACUUUGGACAGUAAAGAACAAAACAAAAAGGGGAAUAAAGUGAAAAGAAAGAAAGAAAGAAAGAAAGAGAGGGAAAUAUAUAAUAUAAUAUAAUAUACAUACAUACAAACAAACAAACAAACAAAAAACAAAUUAAACGAAUUAAACGAAUCAAAUCAUC